AUGCUUAAUAUUAUAAAUCUGAAUAGUUUAUUUCUUUGGACGCGGUUAACGAUACGAACGGAUGAACUGACACGAUUUGAAAAAUAAUUGGUGAGAGUGACAUUUUAUUUCCAUUUCUGAUAACCCAUUUAUUGAGAAAGGCUGUAGGAUCUAUACUAAUACCCUAUUCUUAAUAAGACACAAAAACUUAGAGAAGUUACGACCACUCCAAAAUCUCUAAUUAUCAAUCCCAUUUUCAAAAUUCCUUACACCUUCAUAAUCAUGCGAACGAGUCGCGGUCAACAGCUAGUCAUUUAUAUAAUUAUUGACAACAAAGAAAAGAUGUCUCGACAACCUUGUUCGCAACCAGUUUUUGACAUGACGUAACAUAAGUGUGUCCCCAGUACUUACUUGAUCGGCCAGCCGUGUGAUAGCAGUCGCAACAAAGAUGUCUGACUAAACAGACAUGUUUUUAUAAUUAUCUUUAAAUAAAAACAAAUAAAAUUUGAAGUUUGAAAAGACAAGUGCUAAAGUAUUUUUUCGUGCUGUGAUUUUUAAGAACCAUGCGUCUUCUUGUCAUCAGUGCUGUGCUGGCGCUGAGCGCGGCCCAAACUACUAUAGACCCCUCAAUUUUGAUCAACAUCUUCGGAACCCCGCCAACAACUCAAACUACAGCAACGCACAAGAAACUCGAAGAUAUUACAGUGAAACCAACGGACGCGACGACUACCUUUCACGACAAGGAUGGUCAGAGCUGUCAGUGUGUGCCAUACUACUUGUGUGACUCGAACAACGUAGGUGUGGACGUCAAUAAUGCCUCGGUCACCGGCUGGGGCGAACUUGACAUCAGGUUUGGUGAAGAGAACCCUCGUGAAUGUCAAGAGAGCGUGGAGGUCUGCUGUACAGUGCCCAAAGACCCACAGUUUGUGUCCAAACCCACGCCUGACCCCACGAAAAUCAGGGGCUGUGGGUACCGCAACCCUGAGGGCCUGAGUGUCAGGGUUACUGGAGAUGGUAACGAAGCUCAGUUCGGUGAGUUCCCCUGGGUGGUGGCUUUGCUGGACGCCUGGAACUCGUCGUACGCUGGUGUCGGGGUCCUUAUCAAUCCUGAGGUAGUGAUGACGGGAGCUCAUAUCGCUUCCAAAUUUAUUGGUGGUAAUCUGAAGAUCAGAGCUGGUGAGUGGGACACACAAACAGACAAGGAGAUCUACCCGUUCCAGGCGAGAGACGUCAAAGAUAUUGUUAUACAUGAAUCAUUCAUGCCUAAAAGCCUCAAAAACAAUAUAGCACUGCUACGUCUUGCCUCGCCAGUUGAUAUUACGGAACAUAUAAACGUCAUCUGCAUGCCAGAACAAGAUGAAGUAUUUGACAGUCACAAGAACUGCGUCGCCAACGGCUGGGGAAAGAACGUCUUCGGCUUAAAAGGACGAUAUGCUGUGAUUCUGAAGAAGGUGGAACAAGACAUGGUGCCGCACACGCGCUGCAACAACUUGCUGAAGAGAACCCGCCUCGGAACCAACUUCAAGCUUCAUAAUAGCUUCGUCUGCGCCGGCGGAGAAGAGGGAAAAGAUACAUGCCAGGGCGACGGUGGCGCCCCUCUGGCGUGCCCCACUGGCGGCAACAGAUACAAGCUGACCGGACUCGUCUCGUGGGGCAUCGGCUGCGGGCAGAAGGACGUGCCGGCUGUCUACACCAACGUACCCAAGUUCCGUUACUGGGUGGACGAUAAAAUGGCCGAAUGGGGUUUAGAAGCGACAUCCUAUAGGAUCUCCAAGUAAAAUAGGAACUUACAGCCCUCAUUUUAAAGGUUAUAUUACAACCAGCGCUUGCUAGUAACAAAAAUGAAAGCAGAAGUCUUUGAUUCAAAUAAAAUUAGGCUGUUAAGUAGCAGUUUUCUAAAUGUCAAAUUACAUUGGACAGCACCCAGUUUCGCCCUUCACCGCUUCCUAAGUGGGUUUGCUGUGAGAGAAGAAACGAAAAAAAGCAUCGUUUAAGUUGAAAGACAGUUGCAAGACAGUGUUGCUAGUUUUGUUGCCAGCUAGCGCUGGUUUUUUAAGAGUAACUGCAUAAUUAUGAGUUUAUCUUAAUACCUUUUUAUACCUCCACAAAACAUUUAAAAAACUAAGUUUUUGACUAUUAAACUAAAGGUUUUUUAUA